CAAAAUUUACAAAAAAAAACAUAAACAACACACAGUACUCGACACAAUUAAACAUUUUUGAACAUUAAUCACCUCUACAUUUAGGAUCACACAGUGUAUUUAAUUAAAAUGGCAAGAAACGUUUUUCUCGAUAAGGAAACAAAGUUACGACAAAGUCGUCUCUUGCCGGAAAUCGCGUCGAGCACUUCCAAAUGUUCCACAGAGUUGCUUUGCGAAUUUAACUCGGAGUGGAGCCAAAGCUCAGACAUUACGAUACCCCGUACACCAACUCUGAUCUUGGACUACGUGCAGUUUUUGGCAGCUCGCACCAUACAACGACAUUGGCGAGGGUUUUCCAGUCGCAAAUCUGAAGUCGACACUAAGAAGGCUGCGAUUACCAUACAACGUUGGUGGCGUGGAUAUCAAGUGCGUGGCAAAUACAUGCUGAUUAUGGAACGUAUGUUGCAGGAUAGGCUGAUGGACAUGUACAACAAUGCAGCCACCAAAAUCCAGGCACUCUUCCGAGGUUGGUGGUCUCGACAAGCAGUGCACGACUUGAGCGCUCUGAAGAGGAUUCAGAGAUGUGCUGCGCAGGAUCUGCUCAAUUGCGUGGCCUAUAAGCUGCAUCAUCUGCUUCGCACUCAUUCUAUUCCCGGCGUUUACUCGCUGCGGGAUUCAAACUGUCUGUCGCGCGUUGAGAAACUUUUGUCCACAAUGACAUUUCGUUUUUACAAUGCUCGUGUUCAUAAUGUCUUAAUGAAACGUGAAGUAAAUUUUAAAAACUUUAGGCGGAAUUUCACAAAAAAUUCUAAUUAUACCACAGUUCCAUAUACCGGACCCAACGACAGGGUGACUUGUAAGCCCCAUUGUGAGGAUUUUCUGAGCAAGACCAUUAAUACGGAUAAGCUAAUGUACAAAAUUAUCGCCGCUUACGAUGAUGCUCAGCGUGAUUUGACAGCAAAAAAAACGCAAUAUAACUUAGCUGAAAGGAAGCGGCGAAAGCAUAUAGAUAAGAUCCUCGAACAGAAGGAGAGACGCAAGUGUAGCUUCUGUGCCGAUGUUGUUGCCAGUAUGCGGCGCUGGAAGAUCUGGGACUCUGAGAAAUUGACCAUAUCGAAGGAUGUAUUUCGAAAUCUCGGCAACUUGGAGAGUUUUCUCAAUGAAGCCAAAGAUAUUGUGGAUGAUUUUCAGGGACGAUGUCAUUGCAAAAUUAUGCUUCACGAUGUGCAAGAAUGUCAUUAAUUAAUUUUGGCUUAUUAUAUAAUGCAUUGGAAUAAAUAAAUAAAGCACUCUUCUAUUCAA